AUGAACCAGGCUGACCCUCAGCUCCGGGCAGUGCGCUUGUGGACCGCUCUCGCAUCAGCAGUCAUGAGCAGAGGUGACAACUGCACGGAUCUACUAGCUCUGGGAAUCCCCUCCGUAACCAAGGCCUGGGGACUGUGGGCCCUCUUAGGGGCUGUGACGCUGCUGCUUCUCAUCUCACUGGCGGCACAUUUGUCCCAGUGGACCCGUGGCCGGAGCAGGAGUCAUCUGGAGCAAGGACGCUCCGGAGGGCCUGAGGAAGAGGUCCCCCUGUAUGGGAACCUGCAUUAUCUACAGACAGGUCGGUUGUCUCAAGAACCCGGGCCAGACCAGCAAGAUCCAGCCCCUGGAGGCUCUGCCAGGGGUGCAGAGGAGGUGAUGUGCUAUACCAGCCUGCAACUGCGGCCUCCUCAGGGCCGGAUCCCCAACGCCGGGACCCCCAUCAAGUACUCGGAGGUGGUGCUGGACUCUGAGCCAAAGCCCCAGGCCUCGGACCCGGAGCCAGAGCUCUAUGCCUCAGUAUGUGCCCAGACCCGCAGGGCCCGGGCUUCCUUCCCCGACCAGGCCUAUGCCAACAGUCAGCCUGCAGCCAGCUGAGAUGGAGGGCCUGACGCAGUGGGCACACAUUGCCCCAGCCUCCCCUGCAGCAGGGGCAUGACUGCUUCCCAGCCAGUCUCCAAAGACUGGGGGCCAUUGCCCAGUCACAGGAUGUGAUCUACCCCGAACUUCCUAUCUGAGCUUCUAGAGAGAUGUCUCAUGAGAGUGGUUUCUGGAGGAUGGAGCAGGAAAACGCAACGGCUCCUUCCCCACUGCCUUUUUCUAUCUGUUCCUUUUAGCCCCCAACUCCCAAGUUGUCUCUUCCUCCUCCUUCCGGAGUUUAACUAGGUCCUCCCCACUUCCCCCCGCCCCCCAUGGUCUACCCUGACACCUCAG